GUGAAGAAGAAAGGUUGGUGAUGAGGUCGAGUUGGGUGAGGGAUUGAGGAACAGGCACCUGGAAUAAAUAAGGCCAGAGUGUCGAAUUCGGGGGACGCAGGGGGUGUGCUCACCAAACAUCCACACCGCAGCCUCAGCAAGGGGGUUUCGGGUCCAAGCCUCUACACGAGCCAGUCGCAUCUCGUCUUCUGGCUCAUGAUCCUAUUUCUGGCCUCCACUCAUGUCGCCAUCAUCCCGCCUUCAACGCAAGCCCCUUGCCUCAGUCCACCUCGAUGUUGCCUCCUACGCGAGUUCCUCCAUCCUCAGCUCAGCCUUCGACUCGUCAGCCGCACCUCCUUGUCCCACUCUUGUACGCCGAUGCACAUCCGAUCCUGCUGCUUUGGUCUAUCCGUGGCUUCAGGAGACACGCAGCUUGUUCCAGUCCUACAUGAGAGGAAGCUACCAGUGUCUCUCAGUAUGCAGGGGAAGUUCUCCACAAGAGCAAGAAAGGGACAGACACACAAAGAAGCCCGAAACCUGUUACCACAUGGAAAUAUACUACGUGUGGCUGGAUCUCAGCAUACGUCCGAUCCAGGCAGUAUCGUAUUGCCAUAGUGAGAGUGCUGACUGCAGCUCUUCGCUCCCCGUAUGAUAAUCUCUAUAAUCUGACUCCCUGCAGACGUCCCUUUAGGGCGCGGACUGUACGCA